AUGCACAUUAAGACUUCUGAUACCAGAUCAGCUGAAUCACCAGUUCUUGUUAUGACAGCAGUUGCUUUCACUUCUACAAUAACUCAAAAUACAUCUGAGAUCACAUGUGAGUUUAUCAGCCAGAAAACUGAGGGUUCAGGAGCACCAGAGAUAUCAGUAUCUCCUAAGAUUUCUAACAUUUUGGAAGAUCUUGGGUGUUAUUUGAAUUCUCGAGGAACAGAGAACAUUUAUAAAACAAUUAAAAAUGUGGAAGUCAAUCUAUUUCAAGAUAUUGAAUUAAGAAUAAUAAUGAGAAUUUUAAAUAUCACUUCAUGCUUUUGGUUCUUUAAAGAGAGAAAAGCUUGUACACUUUUUUUGGACUCAGAGAAUCGAUAUAUUACAUCUUUGACCUUUUCACAAAUAAAAGAAGGACAAGCUGGAAAAUACACCCUCUUGGUCACAAGUGAAAACAGCAAUUACACAGUAGUUGUGCCUGUUCUCAUCCGAAAAAAACCAAGCAAGCCCCAUUUCAGGAAAAGGGAAAAUUCGGAUUCUAUCGAGUGUAUAUCUGAGAGCUACCCCCAGCCCUCAGUGGAAUGGAUAUUCUGCAAAACACCUGAAAAGAGUUGCCCUGAUAAAAUGCAUGAAGAAACUGGAGAAAUAGAUGGCAUACAGAUGGUGCAACAUGAAUUAUUUCGAACUUACAUAUGGUGCUGUGCAGUUAAUGCCCUGGGCAGAGAAUGCACCAGCCUCUUUACGAUAGAUUUGAAUGAAAGACAUGCAGCACCUUUACCUGAACUGCUACUUAAGGUCGGGGAACCAUUGCUGAUCAGAUGCAGAGCUGUUCACCAUAAUUAUAAAUUCAGAAUAAAAUUAUCUUCUGAAAACAGAGAAGUUCAGGAUCGCCUGUUUGGAGGAUUAGAAUACCCAGCAGAGCACUCAGCAAUUCGGAUCCAGUAUAUAUUUGCUUCAGAAGCAGGAAGAGGUGAUAGUGGACGUUAUACCUGUUCUUCUACUGCUCAUCCGAAUCAAACUGCUGUGGUUACAGUUUUAGAAAAGGGAUUUAUAAAUGUAACUGACUCUAAAGAAGAUUUUGAAAUUGAUGAGGAAGAGUUUUGCUUUGAAGUUAACUUUACAGCUUAUCCACCAGUUAGAUGCAUGUGGUUAUUUUCCAAAAAAACAUUUCCAUGUCAACGAAGUUACAAUGUGGAUGGACACAGCAUGUCAUCAAAGUUCUGCAACCAUCAGCACCAGUCUGGGAUAUACAUAUUUUAUGCUGAAAAUGAUGAUAUGGUUGUGACAAAAAAAUUCACUCUCUAUGUGAGAAGAAAGCCUGAAAUAACGAUGCAGCAGUUGUUCACACAGAUCUCAUGCACUGCUGAAAGUUAUCCUGCCUCAUCCUGGGUUUGGAGGAACUGUCUUGAACUGAACUCAUCCAGCUGUAUGGAAGAAAUUGCAGAGGGGAUUCACAACUUCUUGCCAAAGAGGAGAUCCCUGGGGUCAUGGAUUUCAAGCAGUACUUUGGAUCUAAAGGAGACAGCAACAACCUUCUCUGUGGAGUGCUGUGCAAACAAUUCUGCCGGUUCAGCCUGUAAAAAGAGUUUCAUUAACCAGCCAGUUGCAGGAGCUGUUUCUUCUCUCACGGACAAUGAUGCAUUCUAUGUCUCUGUUGGAUUUUUUCUCGUAUUGAUCACUUUUGUGUUUGUAUUCAUGUUUCUUAAAUACAAAAAGCAAUUUAGAUAUGAAAGCCAGUUGCAAAUGAUACAGAUGAUAGGGCCAUCAGAUAAUGAGUACAUCUACAUUGACUUCAGAGAAUUCGAAUAUGAUCUAAAAUGGGAAUUUCCCAGGGAAAACCUGGAAUUUGGACAGAUCCUUGGUUCUGGGGCUUUUGGAAAAGUGGUGAAUGCGACAGCUUAUGGAAUUAGCAAUGCGGGAGAUUCAGUCCAGGUCGCAGUCAAAAUGCUAAAAGAAAAACCUGAUGCCGCAGAAAAAGAUGCUCUAAUGUCUGAGCUGAAAAUGAUGACUCACAUUGGAAACCAUGAAAAUAUUGUGAACCUACUAGGAGCUUGUACGGUGUCAGGACCAAUCUACUUGAUAUUUGAGUACUGUUGCUAUGGUGACCUUCUGAACUACUUAAGGAGCAAGAGAGAAAAGUUUCACUGGACACUGACAGAUAUUUUUAAACAGCAUAAUUUCAGCUUUUACCACAAUAUUCAUUUGGACCAAAAUUCCAGGAUAGGGACUCACCUGAAGUAUGGUGUAAAUACAACUCCGUGCAGAGAAGAUGAAUUUGAAACCAUGCAAAGAAGUCAAAACAUAAAUGUGACAUCUGGCUCAAAUGGGAUAGUGCUGUUCUCUGAGGAAGAUAAAAUUAAGGAUACAAGCACACAGGUGGAUGAAGAAGAGGAUUUUAAUGUGCUCACUUUUGAAGACCUUCUUUGCUUCUCUUAUCAAGUUGCCAAAGGAAUGGAAUUUCUUGAGUCCAAAUCGUGCAUUCACAGAGACCUUGCUGCCCGGAAUAUACUAGUGACCCAUGGAAAAGUGGUGAAAAUAUGUGAUUUUGGCCUUGCCAGAGAUAUAAUUAAUGACUCCAACUACAUUGUCAGGGGAAAUGCUCGUUUACCUGUUAAAUGGAUGGCUCCUGAAAGCUUAUUUGAGAGAACGUACACAAUGAAGAGUGAUGUCUGGUCAUAUGGAAUAUUACUAUGGGAAAUAUUCUCUUUGGGUGUAAAUCCCUACCCCGGUAUUCAGGUUGAUACAAAUUUCUACAAAUUAAUACAAAGUGGAUUUAAUAUGGACCAACCAUAUUAUGCUACAAAAGAUGUCUAUUGCAUGAUGCAGUCCUGUUGGGCCCUUGACUCCAGAAAAAGACCCUCUUUUUCUUGCCUGGUUUCCUCUCUUGCAGAUCAACUGGCUGAGGCAGAAGGAGCAUUUUACCAGAAUAUGAAGAAAAAUUCUGCUACAAACAAUUCCAGCAUCAAAACUAAACCAGGAAGUGUAAGCAGGAAUGAGGAGUCUCUGCUGUUCCCAACUGAGCACCAUAAUGAAGACCCUCAGGCUGAAAAAUAAUCUGGGUUGUGGAUUUGAUUAUUUUCAUAAACUCUGUGUAGGAUAAGUGUUUUACACCAGCUCUGAGAAGAUAUUUUGUCACCAAAUGCAGCACUGUUUGCAUUUUUUGUGGUCCCAUCCAUAUUUAUGUGACUCUGAGAAGAAGAGAUGAUUCAUUUAUUUGAAUUCAGCAAACACAUCUAUAGCAAGACAGGUCUUUUUGCUGCCUCUCUACAACUGGAUAUCUCUUUUCCUGGUGUUAUGUAAAUAGCAUCAAACCAACGUAUUGAAUUCAUACUGUUCUUGCCUCAUCACAAGCAAACAUGAGAAAAUCCACAGGUUUUUUUAGUCAAUGUUUACAAGCAUUGACUAUGCACUAAAAAGAGAUGGUUUGAUUUCCAGAGGUGCUGUUCACAACUUCAUCUCCAGAUGUCACUGAGUGUUAGAAAAACAAAGACCAUUCGAGUAGCCAACUUUAGAUGACAAGUUUUAGAGUUUCAUCAGUCUUGUUUUUACAAGGAACUCUUAAUUUAAUUGUGUAUAACUGUCUUAUCCUGGAUAUUUCAGUCGCUGUAAAGUAGUUGACCGGUGUCAUGUUCAGGUGAGUUCAUUUUAUCAAGCUAGAAGUACUUGGGUGGCCUCUAGUCAUCCAGGUUACAUUCUGCAACUGCUGGUGAGACCUAGGCAUUUGCAGUGAGUCAUUCCUUUCUAUCUAAAAUAAGAAUCUAAAAUAAACAGGAGGAUUGAUAUUUGGAGAUAACCUUCUACCUCCCUGUUCUAGAAAAUCCAGGUGGUAGUCUCCAGCUGGAAGUCUCAUUUCAACUGAAUUACAGCUAAUUCCAUUCUGGGGGCUUUGUGUGUUUUAAUAUCAAAUAAAAAAUGUUUAAUUUUGAAUAAACUAUCUUCUAUAGCAAUUUAGGAGUGUAAUAUCAUCACUCCCAAUUCCCACAUAUCAGUCUGGGUGUAUGAAUCCUGCUGCACUAAAAUGAGAGUAUUACCUAUUUAACUUUCUCGCAGAGUUCCAGGACAAUAACCAGAGGCUUGAUGUGUUUUCAGUAUAGUUAGAAAGACAAUUAUUUUCAUUAUGAGGUUAGGAAUUUGUAAAUGCAACCUCCGUCAUGAUUAACAGGAUACAUUUGUCUGCAUCUCAGUGAAUGAAUAUGAGAAUGUAUUGGUUAAUAGUUUUCUUUUUUUACAUUUUGCAAGGUGCUAACUUAAU